GUGGCUGUUGAAGGGGAGACGGGGUUUGAGGUGAAGGGCGGUUGUCAAGACCCAGAGGACCAUGACAAGGGUGACAAGAUCAAGGUUUCGCAACCGCAGCGGAAGAACACGACCACGAUCACGGCCAACAAGCUUCCUGAAGUAAAGAGCCGGAUGAUCGAAGAUAUCCCCGAAGAAACGGAGACGGAGAUCGAGCCUGAAGAUGCCGACUCGCCCGCAAACGAAAAGGAAAAGGACGAAGCAGAAGCAAACUCUACAAUCCCCAGCAAAGACGAGAAGGGAAUGCCAGCAUGGCGUCUUAGCCGUCGCAAAUCCCUCAUUGAAAUCAUCAACCUCCUCCAAGCGACGGCUGCUGCGGCGCCGAAGUUAUCUCAUAUCCGACUCCCUGUUGUCCCGCCGAAAUCGACGCUUCGCAGUCGUGGCUCUGCCGUAUCGCUGGCGUCUACUGCAUCUUCGGCCACGGUGACGGGGGAGGAGCCGCCGAAUCCCAAGAAAGAACGGAGGAUGGGCGCGGUGGUGUUCCCUGGUGUGCGGUUUGGGACUCGUAAGUGGACGGAUGAGACGGCGACGAUGGCGGCUACAAUGACAACAGGUAAGGAAAAACCUCUUUUUUGCUAGGAAUGGCGUUUGGGGUACGGGAUUUUUUCUUUGGUGUGCUUGGUCGAUAUCGGGGGGUUUUGCUUCCCUUAUAAGGAGCUUUUUGGUGUGACCAUUGCUCGGUUGGGUGCGUUUUGGGUCGGAUAUCAUUGGUUGUAUACAAUUUUGGGUUCUUGUAUAAGUACUUUUGGGCUUGGGGAGUGCAUGUAGGAUAUGAGGGCUUGUAUUCUG